AAAGCGGGUAGAUGCUGUCAUAUCUGAUGUGGUCACAGCAUCUGCAAAUGUUGAGGAAGAGGAAUCUCCAACUUCUGAACCGCCUUCUGAAUUACCAAUGAAGCGGGUGUCAAGGCCAACGAGGAUUUUGUGUUCUCCAUUUGUUGCGGGUGCAGGAAAGUUAUUCCGGCAUGACGAUAACAUUAUUGUAUUUGGAAGUUACAAAGACAAUGUUGAAGAAGGUGAUAAGUCGACAUUCUUGGGUUGGUUCCAGAGAGGGUACAAGCCCAAAAACAGGCACGAAUAUUUUCUUCCCUUUCUUCAAUCUAUUGCUCAUAUGGUCACAGUAAAUUGUUCUUACAUUUCUGGUUUCAGGAAAAAGUUUAAUGAGCAUGAUGACGUAAUCAAACCAGCUUUUGUUAUUGGCUCAUAUCCAGUCGGUAACAAAACAUGGUUCCACCAACUCGUAGACCCUGAGACGUCUUUGAAUAGCGGGCACAUGGAUGCAUGCUUCUACUACAUUCGGCAGCUAGCAAAAUUUGGGAAAGUAUAGUACAGAGCUACAACAACAAACUCCUCUUUCCAGAACAUGAUAAAAGACAUAUACCCCGCUUUCAAAAAAGAUCCUAAUGUUCUGUUGUCAGGAAGCCGGUUGUUCCAGGUGGUCACAGGUGAUAGCAUAACUAUGAGCACACCUUGGGC